AUGAUAUUUCUUAUAAACUUUAUAUUAUUUUUACAAACUUUGGUAACAUUAACAAAAGCAGAUAUUGACAUUGUAUCGCCAAAAGCAGAUGCUGUGUUCACAGCAACGAGUACAUCCUCUACAGUUACUAUUGAGCUUGAAUGGAUUGACGAUGGCAGUUAUCCUAACAUAGACAAAAUAACUUCAAUAAGCUUACUAUUAUGUACUGGGGCUAAUACUAAAAUUAAUUGUUUUAAAACGUUAGCCAAUGCUAUACCAAUUUCAGACGUUACUGUGGACUCGGAUGAAUCUACUUAUACUGUUGAAAUAGAUGCAUCGGUUUCUGGGAAUGGUCAAUAUUAUCUUCAAGUGUUUGCUCUAUACGAUGGAAUUGGAUACACUAUUCACUAUUCGCCCAGAUUUGAAUUAUCUGGUAUGAGUGGUACUGUUACCUCCUAUACUUACUCAGAUUCAACUCAACCUGCAGCACAGUAUUAUAUCACCUCAGAGAGUUCUGCAAGUACAACACAAACGGAAAGUAUUGAUACCUCAGCAUCUUUUACCGUUCCAUACACAUUACAAACUGGACAUACUAGAUUUGCUCCAAUGCAAAUGCAGCCAUCUUCAAAAGUAACCGCUACUACAUGGACAAGGAGAUUCCCAACUAGUAAAGUUACAUUCUAUUCAAGUUUUAAUAUGAAGGGAACUUAUUACAUGUCAACCAUUACUCCUGGUUGGAGUUACACUAUAACCAGUGAUGUGAAUUAUGCCACACCUGCUAGCUUUCCCAUUGAUAAUGGUGGUUGGUAUGACCCUACCAAAAAACUAAGUUUAACACCAAGAAAGUUAAACUUACAAAACCUACUCUCAUCGACAAAGGGUAACGGGACUACAAGUAAUACCAGCAGUUAA